UUUAUUGAAUAAUUUCAGAAAAUUAAAUGUCCAAAGCAUCCUCAAGCACCCAUUUCCAAUAUCUGUCUAAAUCAGGAGUGCAAGGAAGAUUAAUACUUUUGCCAAAAUUGUAUUAAGUUCCAUCUAACUCAUUCCACUCAAAUUAUUUAUAUGAAAUAGAUUGACAAGUUACUUAAACGUCAUUCAAAUGUCAAUGAGAUAAUAUAGGAUAAACAAGGAUUAGAAGCUUAUAAUGUAUUUCGAAGUUUCAAGCAUGCCGUCGAGGACAAGUUGAAUCAACUGGAAGAUGAAUUAAGAUAAUUAAUAUUGAAGUUAGUGAAUGACCAAAAAAUCAAUGACUAAGGCUAUAAGUUUCUUCAGAGUGUGAACUAAUUUAACUAAUAAGACAUCAAAGAGUUGAGAUUAUUCUUGAUCAAUCAACAAUAAAACAUUUAAAAUAAUCAAAUAACUCUAAAAGAAAAAGAGAGUAAACAAUAAUUGAUAGAACUCACUUCCUACUUACAAGACAAAAUACCCAGUCUUCAAAAGUCUGUAAUUGAUCAAUUAGAUUGUGUCAAUAGUACAUUCUACACAAAAACUGAGAGAGUGGAAAGACUAAAAAAAGUUUGGAUAUGUAUAUAUAUCUCAUUAAUAACUUAAAUAGCUGAUGAUGGACAAAGCAAGCCAAGUAUCUUUGACAAGACUACCAUCAGAGCCAAUAUAUUCCAAGUGAGAGAGAAAUAAUUGUAUUUAGUAGGAAUUUUCUAACCAAUGCUUUACAAAGGAAGUUAUAAUUCAACCAAUUAUGAUUCAUAAGCCAAAACUCCGAAAUUGAUAUUCAAAUUGCAUGAAGACACAAAUCUAACUAAAUAUAUCUUCAAAUAACACAAAGUUUUAGAACAUGAUAAAUUAUAAGUGGUUGAUGGACAUUUAUAUUUUAUUGAAUUCAGACAUCCAAUUAAACUCUUACCAAAUAAGACUUAUACAAUAUCCAUCUCAACCAAAGAAACCAAACUAUUUCAGACCUACCAUUAUUCAAUCCCGGUUAUUGAUCAUCCUCUAAUCAAAUGGUAAACUGAGGAUUUAACUGAUUCUGAUAUUUUCGUAAAGGGACCAUAUGUGCAACACAUCUAUUCAUAUGCUGAUAUAGAUCAAAUUCCCAGCUUAUUAGUCAAAACCUGAAAUUUAUAUUACAAGCAAAUAAUUUAAUUAUUUAUAAUAAU